AUGGCGCCUCAUCCCUCGGAUGCGCCUGCUAUCCAAACAUCCCGCCAGACUGAGCAGCCUUUCCCUAGCGUCUCAGACGACGAAGUGACCUGUGCCUCGUCCGCCCCACCCAGCCCCACUCGUGUGUCUCCAGAUUGUGCCGAGGCCCAAGGGGGCGGUUGUCGAGAGGGUGAGAGGAAGUUCAGGGCGCGGCAUGGGGGACGCAGCAGGCCCAAGAACGAGUUGGCGCUGAGCAGACAGAGACGGAGCCGGCGCAAGAAAGCCAACGACCGCGAGCGCAAUCGAAUGCACAACCUCAACUCCGCGCUGGAUGCUCUUCGAGGCGUCCUGCCCACCUUCCCGGACGACGCGAAACUCACCAAGAUUGAGACGCUGCGUUUCGCUCAUAACUAUAUCUGGGCGCUGACGCAGACGCUGCGCAUAGCGGACCACAGUCUCUACCGGCUGGAGCCGCCAACACCGCCCAGCGUAGAGUUGGCCAGCUCGGAAGGCGGCUUCCCCGGAGACUGGGGCUCCCUCUACUCCCCUAUCUCCCAGGCUAGCAGCCUGAGUCCCGCUGCCUCGCUGGAGGAGCUGCCCGGGUUGCAAGCACCCGCCACCCCAGUCUGCCUGCACCCGGGCGCCCUGUCUUUUUCAGACUUUCUGUGA